AUGGACACCGCGGAGAAUACGCAACACCACUUUCGCUCCUCCGUCAUCCGUCCCCAAAGCAACCUCCCGCGACCCGGCACCAUCUCGUCCGGCCUCGGCCUCUCCGAAAUGAGCGAAUCCCAGAACAACGCGCGCGCGCACCCGUCCUUGAUACCGCCGCCCGCCUCCAAGGUCGGCUCGCUCAACAGCGCCAUGAAGCGCGAUGUCCCCAAGCCAGGUUGGUUCUUUCUUCCUGAGCGCCGAUGGGAAUGGUGGCGCCUGCUGACUGUGCCUCCCCCAGCUGAGCUGCCAGCCCUGAAGCAUCAGAAGUCCCUCGCCGAGAGGGCAGGCGAAUACCCGACGAGGUCCCUUUACAACCCCUUCCCACUUCGCACCUCAUCCCCCGAACGCCACGUCGAGUCCACGGAGAUGAUGGCCUCCGUUUCCAACACGCCAUUCGCCAUUGAUCUCCGCGUCGACGCCCUACGGAUUGUCCUUUGGAUCGCGGUGCAUGUCCUUCGCUCUGCAUGGCAUACUCUGCGGGCGGUGUUCCGCAGCGUUCCGCGACCAUCUAUGCUGCAAAAGCUGCUCGUCGCCUUCUCGCUGCAUUGGAACCGCGACGAUUCCGAAGAGAGUCAUAGUCGAAUGUCCACUCUGAACCGACCUCGCUCCCGACCUCGGAGCCCGUCAUCAGCAUCCGGCCCGACAUAUCUGCGCAGCGUCUCCGGCAGGCUGCAGUUGUGGUUGGGGUUGCGGAGCGACCAUGACCACUCGAGCGGUGGUGUUCAACUCCUCCUGGACACCGUUAUGCAUCAGAACGAAUCCUACUGGACCAUCAAUUGCGAUGAUGACGACGACAAGACGGCUGAGACGGGCGACAGGGAUGACCUGCGUUGUCUCAAGGACCCAAACAACAUUAGACCUCGAAACGCACCACCAACCUCCCGAUAUAACGCCCCCAGCGGCUUUUCUGCCAGUGUCGGCCCUAGAGGCCAUGAGCGCUCAAAGUCCUCCCUUGCUCAUGCAAGAUCAGUCAACGGACAGCCUCGGACUCGGAACGCGAACCCGCAAGCGAGACCACGCACGGCAUACGGUCAUCGAUCAGAGGAAGAAUUCGACGGACCAAUAGAACAAAAGCAUGGUACGAACUUGCAUUCUCAGCGACUGAACUUUCUGCGACCCCUUGAAUUUCAGCCUAGCAAGAUCAGACUUGUCAAGUCAACAUCGCAAAUGAAUUCGCAAAGAGAAGUUUCUCUCAGCAGCCGGUUCGGUGCACUAUCCAUCAAGGACGACACCAGUACAGCCUUGGCGCAAGAUGAAGAUCAAGCGGUUUUCAGCCAGUUGGAUAGCUUCAGCUCCGUGUCGACCGGGACGAGCACCGCCCACGUCGGUAAUGUCACUGUGCGCGCAUCACGCAGGCCUCUCUCGAAUCCGCCAGAUCUGUCGCCGAAGAAGAGACAGGCCAGUCACAUGACCGAUCCUGUCACGCCUUCACCAGAUUUCAAGCGAGCGAGAGCCGUGAUGGAAAGACUCGAGGAAACAAUCAUGACGAUCAGGGAUUCUAGAUCGCCGGCCAGAUCCCCUUCUCCUAGCUGGGAUGUCGAGGGCAGGGUGGCCGAGCUUGACUCGCAGUUCAAGCAGGUCAAGGAGUCGAUGAACGUCAUGUUGUCCGACAAGGAACUAAUGGACGAGAGGGUGGAGAUGUACAAGAAGAGAAUAUCGGAACUGGAAGCGGAACGCGACAAACUUGAAGACCGCAACGGAAACCUGCAAAAUGAGAUUAGCAGCUUGCGUGAACAGAUGCAGACGUUGACGAUCGAGUCGGAAACGGCGAAACGCGGCCACAAGUACGAGCUCGAAGACGAAGCGCGGAAGCAUCGCCACGAGCUUGACGAAUUGCGACGCGAGCUCAAGGACGAGUCGCAGCGGGCAGAGAAGAGCCACCGAGAGGCAUUGGAUGCCCUUGAGCGCCACUUCAAGGCUGAACUCGACGAGGAGCGCGGACACAAGGCGAGGGAGAUCCAGGACCUCCGCGCCAGGCUCGGAAACGAACAGCAAGACCUCCACCUCACGCUCCAGAAGAAGGACAGGGAAGCUGCCGAAAUGAGGGCCGUGAUGGAAACGCUAAAGGGCGACCUGGACCGCGAGCAAACACUCAAGAAGGGCCUCGAAGCGAGCAUCUCGGAGCUCGGCGCCUCCAAUGUCACGCUAGAAGCCAAAAUCAACUCUCUCAAGUCACAUGUCGAGUUCCUCGAGUCAGACAGCAAAGCCCAAUCCGACUCGUUCGCCAACAUGGAAGCUAGACUGCAGGAAGCGCUCAAGGUGGCGGAGACGGCCAAGGAAAAGCUCAUCAAGGAAGAGACGGAACGGCGCGUCCUCUUCAACAAGUACCAGGAGCUCAAGGGCAACAUCCGCGUCAUGUGCAGAGUGCGUCCCGUUCUCAACGCAUCGGAAGGCGAGCCGGCCAAGGUGGCGUAUCCCGACGAGAAGACGUCGGCCGAGAUCGCGCUGCAGACGCAGGAGGUGAACAGCUUUGGCGAUGUGUCGACCAAGAACAUCAACUUCGAGUUUGACAGGGUGUUUGACCCGUCGGCACAGAACCAAGACGUGUUUGACGAAAUUUCGCAGCUCGUGCAGAGCGCGCUCGACGGAUACAACGUUUGCAUCUUUUGCUACGGCCAGACGGGAUCCGGUAAGACGCACACAAUGUCUUCACCAGACGGCAUGAUCCCUCGCGCAACGCACAUGAUCUACGAGACGGUCACGAAGCUCAGGGAGAAGCAAUGGACGUACAAGAUGGAGGGAUCCUUCAUCGAAGUGUACAACGAGGAGCUCAACGACCUCUUGACGCCCAACGGGCGCGAGUCGGACGGCGGCAGGGGACGCAAGCUCGAGAUCCGACAUGACGACGUGCGCAAGCAGACGUCGGUCCUCAACUGCAAGACGGUCUCGCUUGACUCUGCCAACACAGUGGAGGUGAUGCUCGCCGAGGCGCAGAACAACCGGUCGGUGGCGGCCACUAAGGCCAACGAGCGGUCGUCGCGAUCGCACAGCGUCUUCAUCCUGAAGCUCUCGGGCUACAACUCGGCGACGGGCGAGCGGUGUGAAGGCACGCUGAACCUGGUGGAUCUGGCCGGGUCGGAGCGUCUCAAGCACUCGCAGGCCGAGGGCGCCAGGAUGAAGGAGACGCAGAACAUCAACAAGUCCCUAUCAUGCCUCGGCGACGUGAUUGAGGCGCUCGGCAAGAAGAGCGGGCACAUCCCGUACCGCAACUCGAAGCUGACACACCUGCUCCAGUACUCCCUCGGGGGUAACAGCAAGACGCUCAUGUUUGUAAUGGUCAGCCCGUUGGAAGCUCACCUCAAGGAGACGGUGACGAGUUUGCGUUUUGCUACCAAGGUUCAUAAUACCCAUAUUGGAACGGCCAAGGCUACGAAAAAGGCGUAG